AUGGUGGCGCCGCCGCUGAAGACAAAAAAAAGGCGUAUCGUCCAGAGGGUCAGCACUCUCAACAGAAAAGCAAAGAACAAUCGCCAAGGGGGGCGGGAGGCAGAAAAAUUCUCGAACCCGUCCCGAACCCGGGGUGGAGUCCUCCGCGGCGCCCGCUUUGCUCGUCUACUAAGUAAUGGCGUUGCUGCUGCUGCUGCUGCUGUUGCUUCCACAUGUUUGUUCGCACUCUGGCUCCUGCUACGGCUGGGCGUCGCAUGCCGCGCCGCUCAUCGCCGGUCGGCGCUCCACGGGACCGGUCGGACGCCUCUUUCUCACCGUCUUGCGGCGUUGGUGACUGCACUGCGCUUGUUGUCCCGUACUAUUGCCAUUACGGGCGCCGCUGCCGCAGUCGGCAGCCCGCUGCGGCUGUUUUUUUCCUGUUCCCUCCCGUUCCAUGGGCUGGGCUGGGCUGGGCAGGCGGGUCUCCCAGGGCUGGAGCCUCAUCUCGACCGGCGCAGAUUCUUCCCAUCGGCGGCGGCCCCCGGGGAGGAGGAGGAGACGGAAAGGAGGAGGCACGACGCGGGCGGGACUCGUGUCUUUUUUUCUCUUUGA